AUGGGAAAGCCUCGUAUCCUACUCGUCACCUUUCCCGGACAGGGCCACAUUAAUCCAUCGCUGCAAUUCGUCAAGCGCAUUGCGGCAAUGGGUGUUGAUGUCACCUUUGUAACCAGUGUCUCCGCAGUUCGCCGCAUGGCCAAAGCCACUCCAAUGCAGCAGGGAGGAUUAACCGUCGCUUCCUUCUCCGAUGGUUAUGACAAUGGGUGGACAGGUAUUGACGAUGUCGAACACUUCAUGUCUGAGCUAAGGACACGUGGUUCCCAAGCGGUGGCAGAACUCAUCACAACCGGUGCCGCCAACGGUCACCCGUUUACCCAUGUGGUCUACACCACCCUUCUCCCUUGGGUUGGACAGGUGGCUCGUCGCCAUCACGUUUCAGCCACACUUCUUUGGAUUCAACCAGCCACCGUUUUUGAUAUUUACUACUAUUACUUCAAUGGGCAUGCUGACACCAUUAAAAAUAAUAGCAAUGACCCCUCAUUUUCCAUUGAAUUACCAGGGCUGCCACCUCUUUCUGGCUUUGACCUUCCCUCUUUUUGGCUCCAUUCAAAUUCAAAUGUAUAUAAUUUUGCACUCCCAUCAUUUAAGGAGCAUCUAGAGGUACUUGAUGAAGAAACAAACCCUAAAAUUCUUGUGAACAGCUUUGAUGGUUUGGAAAUGGAGGCCCUACGAGCUAUUGAGAAAUACAACUUAAAGGCAAUAGGACCAUUAAUCCCAUCAGCUUUCUUGGAUGGAAAAGAUCCAUCUGACACUUCCUUCGGAGGCGAUCUCUUUCAAAAAUCAAGAGAUUAUGUCGAAUGGUUGAACUCAAAACCCGAAUCAUCUGUGGUUUAUGUAUCAUUUGGAAGCAUAUCUGUGUUAUCAAAGCAACAAAUGGAAGAGAUUGCUUUUGGGUUGCUAGAAAGCCAUCAACCAUUUUUGUGGGUGAUUAGAGCAUCGGUUAAUGGUGAAAAAGAAGAAGAAAAGUUGAGUCGUCGGGAAGAACUACAACAACAGGGGAUGAUAGUGCCAUGGUGUUCUCAAGUGGAGGUUCUUGCGCACCCAUCCGUGGGAUGCUUCGUGACGCAUUGCGGGUGGAAUUCUACGGUGGAGAGCUUGGUUUCCGGGGUGCCGGUGGUGGCGUUUCCGCAGUGGACAGAUCAGACUACAAAUGCAAAGCUCAUCGAAGAUGUUUGGAAGACAGGGGUGAGGGUGGCGGCGAGUGGAGGCAUAGUCGGAGGUGAGGAGAUCAAGAGGUGCUUAGAGCUUUUGAUGGGCAGCGGAGAUGAAAGCAAAAAGAUGAGAGAGAAUGCUAAAAAAUGGAAGGAUUUGGCGAGAGAAGCUGUGAAGGAAGGUGGGUCCUCGUACAUGAAUCUUAAGGCUUUUGUGGAAGAGAUUGGAGAUGGCAGUCCUUAA